AUGCCGACACCAGGGUCUGCCAUCGGUCCGCCGUGCGACCCCGCAGCCACUUCAUCCACAACAGAGGACCGCGAGCCGCCAGUCAAGCGGGUUAAAACGCAAGCAUGUUCGCGUUGCCGGCGACGAAAGCAAAAGUGUGAUGACCAAAGGCCCUGUGAUAACUGUGUCCGGUCAGGAGAGGAAUGUAACGACGCAUUGCCGUUUGAUAUUGCGUCCCUGGAAGAUCGCAUAUCACGGUUAGAAGAGACCAACGCUCGACUACAGGCUGUUGUUGAUCGACAGGAGACUAGCUGCAGUCAUGAUUCAGGCCGAUCUCGAGCGGUGGCAGUACCUCAUACACUCCACUCCGAAGACAACUGUCAACGCAGAACGUCGUUGACGUCUAGGACGGGGCCAGGAACCUCACUGUCCAGAAGUUCUCCUGCCAUAGGCCUACUAGCCACGUUCGCUAGCCCAGAAGAGGACAAUCUAUCACCUCCGAGUCCUCAGAACAGUAACACCAAGAGAAGAACAAGUAGCCUCAGCUUUCAUGAUGCGGGAGGUUCCCUCGAUGCAGUAACAGAAAAUAAUCUGUUCAACAUCUACCAUAAAAAAGUACACUGCCGGUAUCCUUUUCUUCGUCUGGAUGACUUCCGCAGGCCUGUCGGCCACGAAAGAGAAACGUGGAAGUUCUACUUCAAAAACAUGAUCUUUUCGAUAGGCCUUCUCCUCGAAAGGCCUUCUUCACAGUACGAACCCCGGCUCUACUCCCACCAAGCUUUUUAUCGCCUCGCCAUAACUCAGUACCUCUCUCAUGUCUUCGCCCAGCCCGACCGUCUCCUCCACAUACAAGCCUAUCUCCUCCUCGCGAUGCACGCUAUAUACUCUCCUUCCACAGAGCGCAUAAUCUCCAUUGCCUCGGCUACGAUGCGCUAUUGCAUCAUGGCCCAGCUUCAUCUCGCCGACGCAGAACCAUCCCCUCCGCUAGAUGUGGCCUCAAAGGUUCGCGUACAGAUGCGCCGCCGCGUCUUCUGGUCCGCGUACGCUCUAGACCGGGCUGUUGGCACCAUGUUCGACUUACCAUUUUCCGUCCCGGACUAUCAGAUUACGGUGAAAAUGUACGCAAACAUCGACGACAUAGAUCUCGAAGCCGCCUGUGCGCGCUCAUUCUCUAUGGACCCUUAUCCCGACAUUCCGCGGCUAACAAGUGUCUCCGCGGCGAUUCAUGUUGUCUAUUGCAGACGGAUCCAAUCAGAAAUUCUCAACACGACGCUCCACCGUGACUUCUCGGCGCAGUUCGACGGCAUGUCCCAUUGGCGUCUGAGAGUGCUCGAGAAGCUCCAAAGAUGGAGAGCGCUCUGUCAUCAAUAUGCAGACACCAGAUCGAGAAACUUUACAAGCAGCGAGUGGUUACACAUGAUUUAUAACUACAGCCUCGCGAUGCUGUAUCAGCCCACGAAAGAAACCGUGACGGGCCCCGCGGGUGACUGGACGGUGAAAGCAUGCGUUCGCGCCUGUUUGAUAUUUCGCAAGUUCCAAAGAGAGACACCUAUCACCGAGCUGUGGCUAGGCCUUAUCGCACAGUUCAAGUGCGGUGUCGCAUUGUUGUAUUGUUUCUUUGCUACGCCACCACAUUUGAGGACUGUAGCAUAUCGACUGCCAGAAGUGUCCGAGGCCGUCAGGGCAUGUAGCAUUAUUCUGUCGAUCCUUGCGGAGCGAUGGUCUCAGAGCAGGUGUCUCCGGGACGCCUUUGACAUUCUAGCUCGCGAGAUCCCGAUCUUUGAGCCAGCUACAUCAGAAGAAGUCGGCCCGCGAAAGAUGGCGAAAGCGUCGGCUGAUGCUCUCAAGGCACUCAUCGGCCAGCUUGAAGUCUUGGUGGUGCAUCGUAAUACGCUACGUAUGAUCAAAGAGAUGGCCGAGGGGGUCUUUCCACGCCUUAGACCGAAUGGAGAAAACUUGCAAACACAAGCAGACACUAUAGGAGAUGCUGCGGCUCAUCUGGUGGAAGAAGACUCACCCUCUUGGCUUACAAACAUCACUGGUGAUAUGUUUCAGCCCAUUACGCCUCACUUCUUCCAAUCAAACAUGUCAGGACUUGAUGCAGAGGGGUUUGACUAUGCCGCCCUUGGAUUUCCGGGCGAUUUUGGCCUUUUUGAUCGAGACGAUAGUACAAGAGGUCGUGAGAAUUUGCAUAGGGAGUCUAGGUAA